GGGUAGGCGUGGCUUAGUAGCUGACCCCCGCUCCGUGGGCGGCGCUGGUUGACCUCGACCACGGGGCACACACUGUGGAAUUGGUGGGGUCGACUACUCAGGGACAAACAGCGUUGUAGGGGAGGAAUCCACUACCAGUUCACCAAGUACUUGUUUUACCCACAAUGCCCAGCUCUCAGACGUCACUGUUGUCAACACUAUAACACAAUAAUGGUUAUUUGUGCAGUUUACGGGUGUAGCAACAAACCUAAAAUCAGAACCAGAGAGCACAUUAAGUAUUUCAGAUUCCCCAGAGAUAAGGACACGUGUAAUAAAUGGAUACAAGCUUGUAAGCGCUCUGAUGAAGUCAACACUAAAUUUGCCCGGGUGUGUUCUCUCCACUUCCAAGAAACUGAUUACAAACUUGAGUACAGAAUAAUGAAAGUGCGGCUACAACUAUCACCAAAAAGAACUAGACCACUGUACCCGUGGGCUGUACCAUCCCUACAACUACCAAAGGCAAAAUCAGUUACAGAGAAACCGGCGUCUAUCACUCGGAAGAUACGAGCCGAUAAAAGAAAUAAUAAAAGACUUGUACGAGAGAUAGUCAGAGAAUGUGGCCCAGCGAUACAGGAGAAUCCUGACCAACAAAAGGAAUCACUUUUGUACAUAAGACAACAGCCAGAUGCUGAACCAACAACUCCAUCAACCUCAGAAGAUGGUGUACCUCCUGGGAACAAUAAGGGCAGACCAGCAAAUAAAACAAGAAAGAGAAAGAUAUUGGCACAAGAUGUGACUCAAAUACAAACUGAGGAUCAAGAUGAACAACAAAGUGGACCAAGAACAAAGAGAAAAGGAUCAAAAGAGAAAACAUCAGAAAGCCAGAGAGAGGAAACACUUGACAAGGAAGUGCUGGUCCAGCCUAAUACCUGUACUCACAAACACAACAUUCAUGUUGACGUCUCUAGUAAAGGAUGGCAAGUGUUUGGUAUACCUGUAAAGGAAGAAAAUUCAGACAAUGAUGGAUUUAAUGAAGAACUUAAAGGAAAAAUCAAGGAAAUUGAUGAAAUUGUGAAAGAAGAAGAAGUUUACUGUGAUGAAGAGUUCUCAUGUGAAAAACCAGACCAAGGUUUGAAAGUGAAGGAAAACGACCUGGAAAAUUAUGUAUUUGUAAAAGUUGGAAUACUGGACAGUGAUGAGUCUAAGAAGGAAGAUACAACAGAUGGUGACUUGUAUGUGACUGUAGGAAUACAUGAUGUUUAACAGAUGUGCUGGGAGACAAAAUUACAACAGAAAAACUUUAGAUGACGUGUAACAACUGACGCUGAAAACUGUGGUCUUAAUAUACUUUAAUACAGGGUGAGUCAUUAUGAUUAAAUAUACUGUAUGUAUGAAAUACAAUACAGAAGUACUGUAUGUUAAGUUAUUGGACACCAGCACAUCAGAAACAUUGCAAGAACAGACGGGAGAUUCUCCUUUAAUUACAUUUUGACAAAAGUAAUACAAAAAUGGUCAAAACUGAGUGAAUAUAUAAUUCUGUUAUGAGGCUGUAUGACUUGUGUGUUGGACAAACAGAACAGUUUGGCUGCUAGAUAUUGUAUGGAUCAUUUAACCCUUAAACAGUGGCCAUCAUUAGUGAAAGUUUGUUGUAGGGACAGUUACCAUCAUCAGGGGAAGUUAGUUGUAGGGACAGUUACCAUUAUCAGGGGAAGUUAGUUGUAGGGACAGUUACCAUCAUCAGGGGAAGUUAGUUGUAGGGACAGUUACCAUCAUCAGGGGAAGUUAGUUGUAGGGACAGUUACCAUCAUCAGGGGAAGUUAGUUGUAGGGACAGUUACCAUCAUCAGGGGAAGUUAGUUGUAGGAACAGUUACCAUCAUCAGGGGAAGUUAGUUGUAGGGACAGUUACCAUCAUCAGGGGAAGUUAGUUGUAGGAACAGUUACCAUCAUCAGGGGAAGUUAGUUGUAGGAACAGUUACCAUCAUCAGGGGAAGUUAGUUGUAGGAACAGUUACCAUCAUCAGGGGAAGUUUCAUUUUCCUUGUGUUUCACACACACACACACACACACACACACACACACACACACACAUACAUACAUACAUGUGGGGCAGUAGGGAAUACUUAGUUGCUGGUUAAGGGUUAAAUGUCUUUAUGCAGUAUAUCUGGUUUCUUUGUUUGCCAAAAAAUAAUAAUUUAUACGUCCCAAUAUUUUUUUUAAUACAAAUAUGCUGGAGGGGAUAUUAGUAUGUUCUAUACGUUCUUUACUCACCAACUGUGUGGGUUUUGUUCCUGAAACACCUACUGGUUAGAAAGAGCUUGAUCUGAUGGGAAAUAAGGGGUUAGGUUAUUGAACACCCAGAGACAUGCCCUGAGUCCUAUUAUAUUCACUUAGGGUAAAAUAAACAUGGUGAUAUUUAAGUUUACACCAUAACAAUAAAACUUAAAAUUUUAGGCAUAAAAACAGCAAUUAUGAAAGUAUAUACUGUACCAGGGGUAGCCAGACUUACUUAACCUAAGAGCUGCAUAUGUUUAUCUUAAGAUGUUUGAGAGGCGCAAGACAUGAAAGAAAGUUUUAUACAGGGUACACGUUUUUAUUAUUACAAUCUGUACAGUAUACACAUUUUAUUAAUAAAAUUAUAUGGAAAUAUUACUAAGAAAUAAUAUUUACAAAUACUUUUUUUUUUAAUGAUAAAAUAUAUUAGUUUUAAUAAUGAGAAAGCUCUCAAACAGGUAUAUACCAUAUGUUACCAAAAUCCUGACUGAUGUUUGUUUUCACGGCUCUGAGUACGUAAUACAUAAUGAGCUACGGUGCAGGAAAAUCUUAGAAAAAAGAUACAGCUCUGCAUUUCAGUAACAUAAAAUGAGAUUGUUGAAAUAAAAAUAAAAUGUGAAAAGCA